GGUAGCUCUGCCCCACGGCCCCACCACAGCCCUGGCUCCUGGCGGUGUGGCUGCGGCUCAUCCCAUGGCGUGUGGGUGUCCCCUGUCCCACUGUGCCCUCUCCCCACCAGGCUCCCCAACAGAGGGCUCAGAGACGAAGCUGCCCUAUUACACUGCAGAGGAUGUGGAGGAGAGUGACCCCGGCACAGCCCCAGGCCCCCCUGCCCUGCCUGAGGACGGACCCCCCGAUGGCUACGAUGACGCCGAGGCUCUGCCAGAGGAGUCCCUUGGCACUGGGGACACCCCCGAGGGGGUGGCACAUGCAGGUGGGAGCCGUCCCCCCCCAGGGGGCACAGGGGACCCCCCGGAGCAGCCCCCAGGGGACACAGGCUACGAUGAUGCUGACGUUGGCACCUUGGGGACAUUGCUGUGAGGAUGCUGCGGCCGCAGCACACGAG